AUGACUUCAGAACCUGCGCCGCAUGCGAAUGAGGCAACCGAGGAGAGCAUGCGCGAUUUGGUGGGGGUUUUUUUUUCAACUGCGCCAAUCAGGAAGAAAAACUACAGUAAAGGAGAACUUGCUUUGAAGCAUGCCGUCGGGCUCGGUAGGCAGCCCAACGCCGUGCCUGUCACAGAUCCGGUGCUUGACGGACCACCACGGCCCGUCGAGGUCGGAUGGCAUCCCGUGGGCGGUCUGGCGGGCAAGUGGUUCGCUGAGCAGACGGGUCUGGGCAGGAUGAUUGCCGACAAGGCUAACAAGUAUCCGGAUCCGACGCAGCACUGGGCCGUGCUUGUUGGCGAGUAUGCUCACCAGCUGUGGAUGGACGAGAAUUUCGACGUCAUUUACACGAAUGAGAAGAUAAACCGCGGGGAGUGGCGCACAUUUCGCGUCGGCGAAACGCGCUUUAAUGAUGAUGCUACGCGGCGAGCUGGUGAGUCUGUUAUUGAGGCCAUCAGAGAGAAACAGCCGGGGUACAAUCUCAUCACCAAUAAUUGUCAAACAUACGCCCUGCAGCUCCUCGACGCCAUCAAAGUCGGUUCAAAGAAGGAAUUUGGCACAACGUUGGCCGUAUAUGAGAGACUGAUUGGUCCUGGAAAGGUCAAAGAUCUUUUCGUCGACGUCCAGCCGGCUGAAAGUCAGCCCAUAGAUGGCGAACAUCCCCAGGAGAAUACGGUUUCCAUGGCGCAGCAAGUGAUGCAUGAUAAUACGGCCCAGCUUGAUACCAAAGCCCUGGAAGAAGAUGGGACCAGUACAGGCGAUGGCGCUAGAGACAGGAGCUUGGAUCAAGACCAGGGCGAGGAGAAUAUUCAGAAGCGCAACUUCUUUGCGCGCCUGCUGAAGAAGUAG